AUGCCGGCACUCAUCGUCGCGCAAGAGGCGACCGACUUUGUUCUAAAAUCUUACGAACGUCAUGUUGAUGAUCCAAAAGCGAAUGCUCAUGGGGUCAGAAAGCCUUUAAUUGUCUUCAUUUCAGGCCCGCAAGGCUCGGGGAAAACUUUCUCUUCUAAAGGUGUAAAACGCCUUCUUCAAAAUGCCAAGCCAGAAUUGAAGGUAGUCGUUGUUUCGAUCGAUGAUUUCUAUCUCACGCACGAGGAUCAACAGGCUAUAGCCAAAAGUUUCCCUGACAAUGCCAUGUUGCAAGGUCGAGGAUUGCCAGGUACCCACGAUAUGGUGCUUCUUCAGGAUUUCAUGCACCAAUUGCGUGAGAACGCUGGCUCCACACAUGUCCCCGCGUAUGAUAAAUCUCGCUUUGGCGGUGAAGGCGAUAGAGUCGAUUUGAGCCAAGAAGUGAAUUUACCCGUUGACAUUGUUAUAAUGGAGGGCUGGUUUCUCGGAUUUGAAAGUGUGCCCACAGAAAAGCUUGCAGUAAUGAGGAAUGAUGCGUUCAGUCGACGUGGACAGAUUCUUCAAGCACAUCCUCUAGAGGAUUAUGCGGGAAUCAAUGCAUCUUUGAAAAAAUAUGCUGAUUUGCUUUGGGAUAAUGCUAAUAUCUGUUCCGUGGGGGUCGUCAUUGCAGCAGAUGUCGAAAACAUCUACACCUGGCGACAGGAACAGGAGACCGAGUUGAUCGAGAAAACAGGACAAGGAAUGAGCAAUGAACAGGUCAGGGCGUUCAUUUUGCGAUACAUGCCCUGCUAUGAAAUCUUUUAUACAACGUUAAAGGCAUCAGGUCAACUGGGCAACCGUGGAACGCUCGUUGUAAGCAUUGAUAAACAGAGAGCUGUCGUAGGUAUUGAACAGAGGUGA